CGAUGCAUUCUGGGACGAGACUCUGCUCGUUGUGUUUGGCGUAACGAACUUUGUUAGAAAUGUGCGGAAAAUUGUUAUUAGCCGUAAAAUAAUCAGCGGGUGUUGGUGUUCACACGGAGUUCACCUACAACUGUUGUCAUUGGAAGUUCCUUCGUUCGCUUCGGAGCGCCGGUGCAUCGUCUGCAACCGCGGUUGUGCCGAGUUUCCCUCUAAAUGUCACGCUGAAUCAUCCAACUUCAUUCCAACCAAAAAAUGUCACGAUCCUAGCAAAUGGAAGAGACGGAGAAAGCGUCUGGCCCAUUGGAGCAGACCAGUACAAAUGGCUCUGCUGAAGAGACGAGGUCGACCGAGGGAAGACAGCCGAAAGAGCCCGACGAAGUUACGGAUCCGACCGACGUCGCGGAAGGUAAAAACGGAGCGCAGUCGGAAAGAGAACCGAGCCCGGAACUCCUCGAGGUAGACUCAUCUGCAGUGGAGGAGGAUUCUGAAGUUGCGGAAGACAAACCCGCGGAUGACGACUCGACGAACAGGUCAACGGAGGAAGCUGGGGAUACGUUGAGCGGCGACAACAGCACGGAGGAGAAGGACUUGUUACGCCAGAGCGUGGAGGAACGGGAACUGCAGGCGCGGGAUACGAGCUUGUGCGAUGAGAGUUACGACGAAGACUUUUUGAUUAUGGAUGAAGUACACGGGGACGAUGAUGAAGAUGAGAAAAAAAGUAGCUUGAAAGCUUCGAAAAGCACACCAACUGGCUCAGUAGAAAGCCUAACCGAGUUGACACCGGUUGAAGUAGACAACAGCAGGGUCGAAGAGAAGCCGGACGCAGAAAAAAACGAAGACGAAACUAAGGAAAAGGUUGAGGAAGACAGUGAGACCAUGUCGGCUCAAGAAGGAGGGGAAGUCCCGGCGGCGGAAGAGUACGGCAGCGACGACGAUGUCAUCAUCGAGGAACCGCCGGUGAAGCAGCCGAUCGUCAUCACGAUGAGCGGCGAGGAGGCCUCGUUCAGUGACCCUGUGAAGAAAGACGACAAAAAUGCCCCUGACACUGGCACUGAAGCCCCUGAGGCGCCAUGCCAGGAAGAAGGGGUCGACAAGGAUUCCGUAGAAGCCAAGAGCAGGGACGUCGAAGAAGCAAAGAAGACUUUGAUGGAAGACACCAGCGUUGAGGCCUCUCAGUCGUCCUCGUCGGAGCUGCCCGUUGAGAAUGGAUCAGCAGACGACAGUAAAGAGGAGAAGAGUGAUACCAAGAAGGACUUGCCAGAAUGCAACGGGACGUCGUCACAGGUGAAACGGCCGCUCAGCCCUGAGGGUUGGAUAGACGCUGACGUUGAGGCGGCAAAGAAAAUCAAGUGCGAGGCUGCUAAUUGUGUUGCAGAAACGAAUCGAGCCGUAGCAGACGUGAAGGACGGCAUGGCCGCGGAGGUCGCGGCGGCGAUGGGCGACCAGAAAGUCGUGGUGAUGACUCGAGGCGAGCUGGAGAAGUACGUGAAUCUCCGAGUGCAGGAGAGCCUGGCGAAGCAGGAGCAGACGAUGCUCCAACCGAUGGAGAAGAAAUGUGACACUCUGCACCGAGCCCUGGAGCGGUGGCGACGACGGUCGUUUCAGUUGCAGAAGCAGCUCAACGAGUUCGUCUGCGAACAGGACAAGUGUGCUGGGGCGCGGACGGACCGCGUUCAUCAGCGGUCGGUGGGCGUAUGCGUCCGCAUGCCGCCGUUGAGGAGCGCUGCCCCGACGAUGCCCACCAUUCGCACCAGCCCAAGCGCCGGCUCCAUUGUGUCCAGCACACCGACUUCAUCCGCGUCCACCCCUCAGGCCAGUCGCAGCAGCAUCAACGUCAGCACAACUGCUGCAAGAGGCUCUAUGGCGCCCACGGUCAGAGUCCUGACUGUGCCGCCGCCAGCCACUGCUGCGCCCACGGUGCUCAGCAGGCUGUCUACGCAGACAACCAGUGCGAGCGGGACGACCAACGUCCCCGUUCCACUCCAACUCAUCGCCAACACCUCAUCUCCUACAUCCCAAGUGAAAUCAGUGAGCCUCCCAUGCACCACAGGCUCCAAUACCGUUGUGCGUACCGUGACAAUGAUGCCUUCGUCGACGGCGGUCGUCACAACGUCUGCGGGCGUCAAGGUUAUCGAUCUCACUCAGGAAGAAGAUGCCAACUUGGCACGGCUUGUCGCAGGGUCUACCGUGUCAGGAGGAAGCAUUCUUACGAACAAGACCACUUUUGCAGUGUCUACCGCUGCGGGAGCUGGCGGCACCGUGCAAAAGAUCACGGUGCCAUCGUCUGCCAUCCCCAUGCUCAGUGCAGCGCCCACUUCUCUCGUUCAGGUGUCAUCAGUGUCUUCUAAGAACACAAGCACGACACACGUGAUUGGGUCGCCCAACGUUCCAACGUCAACCGGAACGAUCAGGAUCGGCCAGCCGGUGGUGGCAGCACCCCAGCGGGUAACGUACCUGCUGCCAAACUUGUCUCCCAAUGUGGUGGUAAACCAGCGGGAAGGCAACCCGCGGCUCGCCAACUCCACCAUGUCCAUGCCCACGAUUCUUCUGCGGAUGACGUCGCCGGCAAAUAAUUUAGUUCCAGGAAGCACCAUCUCCAUGAGCAGUCUGACACCCCAGCCCGGCAGUGGGGGAAACCUGAUGGUGGCGCCACCAGGAACCCAGGUCCGCAUGAUCCGUGCGCCGACACCGGUUGCGCUGCAGAAAGGAGGCAACACAUUCACCCUGCCACCUGGCACAACCGUAGUACGCGCACCAGUCACCAUCCCCAGUGCUGCGGGCACCACUGUGGUCACCAAGUCAGACCACGGUCUCCCCACGCAAAGGGUGGUGGUCACCGGGUCACUUCCAGCGGCGGAUUCAAGUCUGGCCAAGCACCCUGCACCACUCCCACCAAUGCCAAGGUACCUGGACGAUCCAAAGAAAAAGCGUCUGCCUCCAAAGCCGGCGCUUAAAAUCACCAAGGCUGCGAGCGGCAUCGUGCUCUCUUGGAACAUGACCCUGAACUCUCUGUACGCCGACAUACAGACUUACCAGCUGUACGCAUACCAGGAGACCAGCAACGCGCCGUCGAGCAGCCAGUGGAAGAAAGUGGGGGACGUGCGCGCCCUGCCGCUCCCCAUGGCCUGCACCCUCACCCAGUUCGUGGAGGGCCACAAGUACCACUUUGCCGUGCGCGCCGUCGACGUCCACAACCGGCUCGGCCCCUUCAGCGAACCCUCCAGCAUACUGCUCAAGUGAGCGCUCCAGGGAUGUUCCUCAACGCUCGACGUUGUACAUUUGAAACUGACAGAAUUUCUCGCGGCUGCCGGCGAGAUUUAUGGUUUUAGCUACCGUGACGUACGGCAUGAGGUCCGGGGCUGGACGUUGGUUAUGUCCGGCCGGGAGUGACGGUGGGGGCCCGCCGUUUUACGUUAAUGAUGUGACAUGAUUUACACAUUUUUAGCAUUAGAGGUGGAUGCACUCGGAUGAAGGCAGUUGUGGGGACACUGCACGAACGACUGUUUUUAUCAUUUCACUCGAGAAGCAAUCUUGGCAAGAGGGUGGCACAUGUGUGAGGAGCUGCUGUGGGCUUCACGAAGUCGCAAAAAAAAAAAGAAAGACUGGACUGGAAUACUGUGUGGUGCUCUUCAGUUAUAUGCUGCAGUACAGGAUUCAGCGCAGCUGUUUUCGGACAAAACUUAUCCCUUACGUUUUUUUUUUUUUCCCCUCUGCUGUUUCUAUAAGGUGUUUUCAGCAAUGAAGCAAAGGCUGUAAUGCAUCUUCUCUUCUGUUUCCUCACACAAGACCCUCGGUGCAAAGGUUUGUAGGAUGCGCAGCCUGCUGUAUCUGGGCUUCUUUGCAGUAUAAAUGGUCUACCACUCUUAUGGGAUCUUCCAGUAUGCAAACUGGAAAAAAGAUAGGAUCUGCCCGCUUCUUUUUUUUUUUUUUUUUUUUCUUCGGGGUACUUCGUCCUUAUUUUUAACAGCUCCAAUGUAUUGUCACCGGACUUUCGGCUCGGAACUUUGACGCACUGCACUACCUUGUUCCGUUUCUCUUAUUUUUCUCUUUCUUUUUUUUUUUUCUUAUGCAUUUUUAUACGACACACAAACGUGCUUUAUUUGGACUAUGUCCUCGUUACAAAAUACUUUAUGUCUGCUGAUUACAGGAUGCGUUUUGUAGCUUGCACUGUAAUGAUGUCUUUGUUAGGAGUCACCAUUCUGGCACAGAAGCAAUGGAACAUUCGAGUAUACACUAAUUAUACUGAAAUUGGAAACUGGAAGUGGUCAACAGAAGCAGCAGAGUUACUCUUUUUGCACAAAGCACCGUGAGCAAUGUGGCAUGCUUGUGUUACGAAUACUGCUCUAGUCUAUAGCGCAUUUGUCCUAUCUCUCGGCUUCUGUUUACCUUUCAAAAUUUCGUAACUGCACAAACUGUCCAGUUAUCAUCCCUCUUUGCUCAUUGACUGUUCAUUCAUUCUGCAAUCCAUACAAGGAGUACAGUACGUACACAAGUCCUGAACUACAUUUACCUCUAAGUGCAAUUAAUAUCAUCAACUUGCUUGUCCCGUGAAAUGCAGAUUGUUACUCUUCUUUUGGCGCAUCACAUGUACGUACGGCACAUGAUGGAAAGUCACGUCCAGAACUUUGCGAACAGGACAUGUAAGGUGACAUUGUGGUAAUGUAAAUAAAUUUGAAAUUUAACAAGUGU